AUGGCCUCGAAGUUGUCUCAGAUCUACAGCAAUGGAUGGAAUUACGAGCUCAUUUCAGAUGAUCAUGAUGCCUCUAGUGAGGACCUGAAUGAGAGAUCCAGCGGCUACUGGGACUGGACCAUGGACUGGAUGGAUCUCGCCGCAUCAUCAAUAUGGAACAACGAGACAGGCUUCGGCGGCGAAAGAGUCCUCUUAUAG